AUAGUCAUCAUCUUAUUUUUACUGUACAUACGUAUGGUAAUUACACUAGUUAAAUGUAACUGUGGAGUGCUGCUCUCACAGUAUUUCUCCCUCUGAAUACACACACAUUCAAUGUUUUACCCAACUCACCACCGCCAUUUCCUCUUCAAUUUCCCCCAAUUUCAUCACUUCUCUCAUUUCCAGGUUAUGGAAUCGGCAGGAGAGGAUUCCACAAGUGCAAUAGAGGCGGAGAUUGGCGGCGCCGGCGAUGAUUUCAGCGUCGACGAGCUCCUCGAUCUCUCCAACGGCUAUUCCGAAACCGAAGAGCACCAAUUCGAAGAAACGGAGCUGAAACCCGCGCCUCUUCUUCCGGAGAAAGACGAAGCGCCUUUUCCCCCAAACGACCUCGGCGAGCUCUGCUUUCAGGCGGAGGGUUUGGAGAGUUUAGAAUGGGUAUCGCAUUUCAUGGACGACUCAUUUCCCGAUUACGCGGAGGCGCAGCCGUGUGAAAGCUUCACGAAUCCGGUUCAGACGAAGGCGCGAACGAAGCGCGUGUGGCACGUGUCCUCGACGACGUCGUUUGAUUCGCAGAAGAGGGCGGCGCAGGGGAGGAGGUGCAGCCACUGCGCGGCGACGAAGACGCCGCAGUGGAGGGCGGGGCCGGAGGGGGCGAAGACGCUGUGCAACGCCUGCGGCGUGAGGUACAAGUCCGGGAGGCUGGUGCCGGAGUACCGGCCGGCGUGCAGCCCGUAUUUCUCGACGGAGAUGCAUUCGAACAAUCACCGGAAAGUGCUGGAGAUGCGGCGGAAGAAGGAGAUGGAUAUUUCUAAUUCGGAUGGAAUUUUGUGACUCUACAUUCUUUUAAUGGACCUAUGUUUAUUGCUAGUUGAGAUAGGAAAACACUUUCUUUAUGUAAUUUCAAUUCUAAUUUCUCUUUUUUAAUCGUUUCA